AUGAUAGAGGACGAAUGGAGAUAUUUCGCUCCCGGCGGAGCCAUCACGCCUGGGGGACCCAGCACAUGGUAUAUACUCGACUGGGAUCAGCGACACAUCAUUGCGGUUACAAUGGAUGAGGAACAAGAGAGCGAAGAUAUUGCAGUCCAACACCUCAGGAAGCACAUCGACACCCUGGGACCCGACGUAUACGCCGUCCGCCUAUCUCAAGACGGCGAAUUGGUGUCAAUCUCUACAAACCCCAGAGACGACCAAGGGGGAUGCACUGUGCUCCGUUCACACCUAGUCGAGCUGGAUCGAUUCGGCCCAAAUGUUGAUCUUGUUUCGUAUACACCGUGCACCAGCGAACUGGAAACAAGAAAAGCAGUUUUCAAAUACUAUUUUCUUUUUCAAUUCAUCCACAAGAUAUGGAACGAGUUGAACUUGUGGAUGCGUCUUCCCCCUCAUCCGAACCUUGUCCCAUUCGACCGACUUGUGCUAGAUGAGCUAUGUCACAACGUGGUCGGCUUCACAAGUCUUUACAUACCAGGUGGCACGAUAGACAAGAAUAACUCACGCACUUUUAAGCUCAAGUGGCUCCAGCAGCUGAUUUGCGUCAUUGACGAUUUGAAUCUCAAAUAUGGUAUCGCCCAUCAGGACGUCGCCGCGCGUAACCUGCUUGUUGACCCCAAGACGGACGCCCUUAUGUUGUUCGACUUCAACUACAGCGGACGCAUCGGUGACAUCGGAUAUGGAGAGGACCGGGACGAUGUCAAAGGAGUCAUAUUUACCAUGUACGAAAUCAUCACCCGCGACAUGCAUUUCCGAGACGUUGCUCACCAUGAGCAAAAUCCUGCGGAUGUACAAGGACUUGAAGAGUGGGCAAAGCACCCAGAUGUCACACUUGACCACCCUGUUUCGACAUACCGCUCGGUAUUGAACGACUGGGUAAACAAGAGACGGAAUGGAAAGCAGAUUGCUCUUUAUACCGAAGCACCAGAGUACAUUGAGUGGCCAGAAUUUCCAACGCCGCCUCCCAAGGAUACCGUAUAUUCAGAUGGCAAGGGAAAUACAUCGAGUGUGACGGGGGUUGUCUUGGAAGACCUACGGCGUUUUGAGCGCGGAAAGGGCGCCGCCAUCCUAGAAUGGGAACGUCCUGCACAAAUCAAACUUGGAAAAGAUGAUCUGGUGCUUGCCAGUGGACUGUUUGCGAGUACUACGGGGCAUGCAAGCUCUGUCGAAUUAAGCUACUAG